CCUGCGCCGUGGCCGCUGCCAAGCGCCAGCGGCUGCUCGCCGAGGCGCACUCGCGCUCCGGGCUCCCGGCACGCUGGUCGCUCCACUCUGCAGCCUCGACCGCCCUGCGUCCCGGUCGUCCCGCGUCUCCGUCAGGGGCCAUGGGCCCGCGCUGCGAGCGCCAUCGCCGACCGCAGGCACCCGAGCCCCGGGGCGGGCGCUGACGCGGGCGCCGCUGCCAACUUCGCACGGAGCUGCGGGCGGCGCGGGAGGCAUGAAGACGAGCCGCCGCGGCCGAGCGCUCCUGGCCGUGGCCUUGAACCUGCUGGCGCUGCUCUUCGCCACUACCGCCUUCCUCACCACGCACUGGUGCCAGGGCACGCAGCGGGUGCCCAAGCCGGGCUGCGGCCAGGGCGGCGGCGCCAACUGCCCCAACUCGGGCGCCAACGCCACGGCCAACAGCACAGCCGCCCCCGCCGCCGCCGCCUCGAGCCCGACCGGCGCGCCCUACAGCUGGGAGGCGGGCGACGAGCGCUUCCAGCUGCGCCGCUUCCACACUGGCAUCUGGUACUCCUGUGAGGAGCAGCUCGGUGGUCCGGGUGAGAAAUGCCGCAGCUUCAUUGACCUGGCCCCAGCUUCAGAGAAAGGGGUGCUGUGGCUGUCGGUGGUCUCCGAGGUGCUCUACAUCCUUCUGCUGGUGGUCGGCUUCAGCCUCAUGUGUCUUGAGCUCCUCCACUCCAGCAGCGUCAUAGACGGGCUCAAGCUCAACGCCUUUGCUGCCGUCUUCACGGUGCUCUCAGGCCUCCUGGGAAUGGUCGCGCACAUGAUGUACACACAGGUGUUCCAGGUCACCGUGAGCCUCGGCCCUGAAGACUGGAGACCUCACUCCUGGGACUAUGGGUGGUCCUUCUGCUUGGCUUGGGGUUCGUUUACCUGCUGCAUGGCGGCGUCUGUCACUACGCUCAACUCCUACACCAAGACAGUCAUUGAGUUCCGGCACAAGCGCAAGGUUUUUGAGCAGGGCUACCGGGAGGAGCCGACCUUCAUAGACCCCGAGGCCAUCAAGUACUUCCGGGAGAGGAUUGAGAAGGGGGAUGUGAGUGAAGAGGAAGACUUCCGCCUCGCCUGCCGCCACGAGAGAUACCCUACCCGGCACCAGCCGCACAUGGGAGACUCCUGGCCACGGAGCUCAGCUCAUGAGGCAGCAGAGCUGAAUCGCCAGUGCUGGGUCCUGGGGCACUGGGUGUGAUGUGACCCAAGCCAGCCCCUGCCUUCCCGCCAUCACUGGCACGACCCCUCCCACAGGACAUGGAAGCCUGGUCUGUGUGCUGUGGACUCAGCUCUCCUGUCAUGGAGACACCAGGCCUAUACUGCCACCGCUGCCUGGGUUUUGGGACCCCAGAGAUGGGUCAGGCAGGCCCGAGGAACUGUCCAGGCUGCACAGAGACUUGGAGACAGCGGCCACCACCACACUUAGAGCCCCACCCAGCUGGGAAGCCAGGAAGGACAUGGGCAUUGACCACUGAAUGCUGGACACCCACAGUCAGACACAAAGCCAAGAAGGUGCACAGAGGGGCAGGGCCCUGUGAGGACAAGGAGCAGGACUUAUUGAAGGUGCACAGAGGGGCAGGGCCCUGUGAGGACAAGGAGCAGGACUUAUUGAAGGAGAGGCAGUGUCUGCCUCAGUGGGAGUCAUACAGCAGGGGCCCAAUAAAUGCUUGUUGAACCUUUUCUCUUGCUAUGUGUGGGCUGCCUCCCCCAUCAUUAUCCUGCCCUGGAGUUGUGAGCCUGGGCACUGAGGUUAGGGCCAAUCAUCCAUCCACUGAUGAGCUAGAGGCCAGCCAGAGCCCAGCCUGGUCUGGGGUAGUCAGGAUGGAGACAGGUAGUUAGAGCAGUCAUGGUCCCAAGCAUGGCAGGAGGAGCAGGCCAGGAGCUGGAGGGAGCAUGUUUGACUGGGAACCUCAGCAGUGUGACACCACUGGGGACCCUUUACCCUGUGUCUAGAGCCACUUUACAUAAAACCUCUCAGCUGCCCUGGGUGGGUGGGGGGAAUAAUUCCUGACUUGAUCAUGAGAGCUUGGGGUCCAGAGAGGGAAGUUUCUUGCUUGAGAUUAAACCUGACUUAUGGGAGAGUGAAGGAUCCAGAGAGGAAAGUUUCUUGCUUGAGAUUAAACCUGACUUAUGGGAGAGUGAAGGAUCCAGAGAGGGAAGUUUCUUGCUUGAGAUUAAACCUGACUUAUGGGAGAGUGAAGGAUCCAGAGAGGGAAGUUUCUUGCUUGAGAUUAAACCUGACUUAUGGGAGAGUGCAUUUAAACUAGACUCACUCCCAGUUAAGUCUCCCGAGAGGCCUCAUCCUACCCUGGAGGACUUCUAGAGAUUGGCAGAGAGAGGCAGAAUGUGGUCUUCUCCUUCAUUCACCCACCCACCCAUUAGACAGUAUUCACCCACUAUCAUCUACCCAACCACCCACUCACCUAUCCACCCAACUCAUCCAAUCAUGAUCCUUCGGUUCAUCAUCCACUCACCCACCAUCCAUCAUUUACACACCACCCAUCCAUGUAUCAUAAUCCAUUUAGCCAACAUCCAUCCUAUCCACCAUACAUUCAUGAUUGAUCCAUCUACUCAUCCAUCCAUUUAGCAACAUGUAGCCACUCAUCACCUAUCCAACCAUCCAUCCUACCCACCCAUCCAGCAUCUAUCCGGCUAUCCAUCCAUUAACCAUGAAUACAUCAUCCAUCUAUCUGUCCUCAAUUAGCCAGCCAUUCACCAUGAUUCACUUAUCCAUUAUCCAUCUGUCAUUGUCAUUCCUUCUGUCAAUUAUCCACCAAUGCAUCAGCCAUCUUCAUUAUCCAGCUAUCAAGCCGCACAUCGGUCUGCAUAAAGGUGUCUUCUAUUGUGCCUCUACUGUGUGCCACACACUGUGGUAGGCCCUUGAGACAGGACACCGAAGCUUCCAGAGAAGCAGACAAGUGAUGAACUGGGAGAUGGCAGUUCAGUGUAUACAUGCUGGGUGUGGUACCUGCCCUCGAGUCAGACUGCCUAGCAUCAGAUCCUGUCUCCUCAGCCCCAGCGGCCUUAUCCUGCAGGUGGGAGUCUUCAUUCUAUCUACCUCUUACAGCUGCUGGAGGGUGACACAGACUGGUGCCUGUGAGCACAGGGGGCAGAGACUGGAUCACGGAGAGCACCCUGCCAUCAUAUGGAGGACAGUUGGGGCCAUGGGGCUGAGGCAGUGCCUGUUGGAGACCACCCGAAGGACAGCUGAUCAAGGAAAUGACACCCAAGCCACCUUGCUGGUGUCAGGCUGUGGAGGGAAGAGCAGGGCGUGAAAAGGCUUUCACAUGGUCCAAAUGGCAAGGGUUGGGGGAAAAGGAGGGCUGUGAGGAUGGAACCAGGUAGGAGAGAGGACUUAAAGCUUCACAAGGGACCCAUAGUUUAUCCUGGGAACAGCUGGGUGCUUUGGGCAGAGUGAUACUGACCAAGAUGUGUAGUCUAGGAAGUCAUCCCAGCUCUGGGCUGGAGCAGAGGGGUAAGGCAGGACUACCAUGUCUUUGCAGGGCCCUGAGUGAGAGGAGAGUGCUUGUGGAGGCCAGGUGGCCAACUCAGGGGCCAAGAGGAGGGACUGGCAUGAGAGUAGGGGGAGACAGGAAAAAGGAGAUAAGAUUCAGGUCUCUGCCCUGUGUCAGGCUGGGCAUCUGGAGGCAAAGCAUGAACCCCACGCUUGUGUACAUGCAUGCCUGUGCUCAGUCACUCUUGAGAGCACCUCUCUGCCACCUUGCAUUCACAUGGUGGGUAGGGAGGGGUGGGGGAGACAAAGUUGGCCUGGGCAGAGGCCUACAUAGUUAUGAAGGUCCCAGAAGGCCAGCAUGGGGAACUUCAGCAUUGGCCUUGUGCAAGUGGGAGCCAUGGUGAUGGGGCCUGAGCAAGUUCAUAGGUCUGGAGUCUGGGACCACCACAAGGAACCUUGUAGGUCUUGAUGGUCAUCCAGGAGCCUUGUGAAGUUGGUCACGAGCCCCAGGAGGCCUAGGAAAUGAUUUUAGUUGCAAAUCUGUCAUCUAUUUUAAUAGCCGUGUCUAUGUGAUUGUGUAUUAGAAAACUGUAUGGGCGUGUCCACGUUCCAGAUUCAAGUGCUGAGGCUUAGAAUGAACCACAAUAGGCAUUUCAGUAAAGAGUUGGCUUAAAGAAAAAUACUAAAUAAAUAAUCAUGCAAGUG